ACAAUUGCAAUCCAGAAGUGUUUUGUCAUCCAUUAGGACUUUACUCAUAUUUGAUAUCGUUGCAUCAUACCAUAACGAUAUUGACUAUUUAUUAGUUUGAGUGAUCCGAGUGGAUACUGUUUUCUGUCAGUCCGAAUUGUGAUAAUCUUAUAUUUUGUGCAGUGUACUAACGUGCGACAAGAAUUUUGACAAGAUGGCUCCAACUAUUCACACUUUCAUCAAUAGUUUUCAAAAUCGACUAGAACCACCAGUGCGUCAACAUCUUAAGAAUGUUUAUGGCACACUCAUGAUGACAUGUGGGGCAGCUUCGGCCGGAGUGUAUGUUGACAUAUACACACGGUUCCAGGCUGGAAUUCUUUCAGCCCUUGUAGGUGCUGGUCUCAUGCUAAUGCUGAUUGCUACACCAGACAAUGGAAAAAAUACUCAAUUAAGACUCGGCUAUCUGCUAGGAUUUGGUUUAACAUCAGGAAUGGGCUUGGGACCUCUGAUGGAGUAUGUCAGCAUUGUGGACCCCUCCAUUAUAAUGACAGCUUUAAUGGGCACAACAUUAGUGUUUGUGUGUUUCUCCGUUGCUGCCAUGCUAGCUGAACGUGGCAGCUGGUUAUUCUUGGGCGGCACACUGAUGACCUUGCUAACAUCUAUGUCUUUGAUGACCCUAGUCAAUCUUUUCAUGCAAUCACAUAUCUUAUACCAAACACAUCUGUACCUUGGACUCAUGUUAAUGUGUGGCUUUGUGCUCUUUGAUACACAACUCAUUAUUGAGAAGCGCAGAAUGGGCAACAAGGACUUUGUACAACAUGCAUUAGAGCUGUUCAUUGACUUUAUUGGAAUGUUCAGAAGACUGGUGAUUAUCCUUACACAAAAAGAAGAGCAGAACCGCCGCCGUAAACGUGAUUAGACAUAAUGUCAAUAUUUCAUAAGGUUUGGAGUGUUGGGAAAAUUAACUGUACCAUAUUAUUCUUCUUAUUUUAUUUUAUAAUUGUGUUAAAGGUAUCCAGAAAUUUAUAAUGUUCAGAACAUAAAAUAAAUCAAAAACCCAA